AUGGUUCGUAAUUAUGUAAGAAAAAGGGUUCAAACUUAUUCAAACGUAGACAUUGGCGAAGCUAUUAAAUCAAUUAAAGAUGAUAAAAUGACUAUUAAUGAAGCAUCAGCGAAAUAUAACGUACCGAUUAGUACGUUAUACAAUCGUCUAUCAGGACACAAUGGCUCUAGUCUACGUGGUGGCACAACAAUAUUGAGUAAAGAAGAAGAGUCUCAUCUGGUUUAUGUGAUAAAAACAAUGCAAGAUUAUAAUCAUCCUGUAUCAAAUUCAAACGUACGCACAAUAGCUCGGCGGUGUACGACAGAAUUAAAGAAAGAUAUUCCAGAUAAUGGUCCAGGAAAAGAUUGGUUUUACGGUUUUAUGAGGAGAUGA